AUAAAAUUUAUUGGAUAAUUUUGGUGAUAUCGCAAUUGAUGACUGAGUCAACAGGAUGCGAGCUCAAUAAACAGAUCGAAUAAAGUAAAUCGGUAUCAAAACGACCUAAUUGUUUCGACCUCACCAAUUAAAAAGUGUAAGGUAGGCGCGCGGCGGCGGGCGCCGUGACGUCACGGGCGGGCUCCGGAAGCGGCCGGCAGUGGAGUCCCGGGCUCCCGGCGCGGCGACACCGUUUAUCGCGAGUAUACGUCAAUUGAACAGCGUGUCCGCUGCUCGCUCGCUCGGUGAUGCUCGCGCCGGAUUAUCACAUUUUUGCCACUUAAUGUGCGCAAUUUGUUAUACCGAAAAACCAUAGUUUUAAAAUGAUCAUCUCUAGUCUUGUAGUUCUAACGGUGUUGUUUAAGUGCUGCGUGGCCGACGAUACUGUGAUGGUUGACGCGGUGCUGGGAGAGACUGCCGAGCUACCUUGUAAUGUGACGACGGACGUGGAAGAUGACAAGCUCACCGUGCUGGCCUGGUACAGGAAUAGCUCGGCGACGGCGUUCUAUAGCAGCCACGACUUACGGGGUGGUCACAACGUGAUGUCGCCGAGCGGCCGGUACAACUUGGUCUCCUCCGAGGACGAGGGUCUGGAGACGCUCCAGAUCUCCAACGUGGCUGCUUCCGAUGGUGGACUCUACACGUGCGUGGCGCACUUCGCCACCAGCCGCUCACACAAGACUUUUGUGCAGUUAAUGGUUAUAGAGCCCCCUCAGCGGCUAUGGGUGAUCUACGAGAACGGUUCCCGGGUGGUGACGGCCAGCGCCGGCUCCAACAACAGCCGUAACAUCGGCCCCUACUACAUCGCCGACACCGUCAACCUAUUCUGUGUGGCUUUUGGAGGUAAGCCUCAGUCGUCUUUAACAUGGUGGACGAACCAGCAGCUUUUGAAGAACGCGACCACUCCCCUCUCGGAGCAGAGGAUCCGGAGCGACCUGUCCUAUGGUCCUCUGACGAGGGAGGACCACGGGAAGGUCCUCACCUGCUUCGCCAGGAACAACGAGAGGACUCCGCCGCUCUCCAUCGACGUCACCAUAGACAUGUACUUACCGCCGCAGCUGGUGUCAGUCCGCGUGACCGGGCCGAAGGGUGACUCCGUGAGCAGCGGCCGAGUUAGGAUGGGCGAGGUCCUGACACUUCAGUGCCGGGUGCUCGGCGCGCGCCCCCUGCCAGCCGUGACGUGGCACAUGGAUGACUCCCAGCUCACUGACUUGGAGCAGAGUAACACUAUGGAGCCGUCCCAGCAGCUGGUGGUGAGCGAGGUUCGUCUGGCGGUGACGUACGAAUACGACGAGUCCCAGCUGACUUGCUGUGCGCCUGCGCAGGAUCGCGACGUCGACAAGGUGCACUGCGCUGUCAGUCAACCGCUCACUGUGCUGUACCCACCGGUGUUAAAGAUAGUGGCAGCAGUAGCCGAGCAAGAGAUAGAGAACGCCACCAUCGCCGUGGUGAAGGGCUCUACCGUGGUGCUGAACUGUAGCGUGCAGGCCAACCCGCCUGUCUAUCAACUGAUAUGGUUUCACAAGGAUGAUAUGGUAAUACAAAGCGCCGACGGUGUAGAGAACUCCAUACAACAUAGCCUGAAGCUGACCAACGUGACAGAACAAGAGACGGGCGACUAUGUAUGUGCCGCUACCAACGACGAGGGAUCCUCCUACAGCGAGCCUGUUGAUUUACAGGUUACCUAUCCGCCAUAUUGCGAGGACGACACGGUUCUAGAAUACGGUGUGGGUGAGAACGAGUGCGUCAACCUCACGUGUAGAGUGACCGGCAACCCGGCACCCAGCCUCUACCACUGGAUGAUCGUCACGCAGGUGGACGGCGCCAAGCUGAAGAACAACCAGUCGGUUACUCUGGAGACUAUGGACUCUACCUUAAUGUAUCAAAGGACUAAUGGGAGUUCAGCUCUCAUAUACUGCUGGGGUCUGAAUGGCGUUGUCAGCGAGCAGCCGCGGAGGAGGUGCGGGUUCCUGGUGACGGACGAGACCGCGCCGCGCCCGCCCACAGACUGCGUGGCCAUCAAGAACGUGGACAAGGAGAUCACGGUCACCUGCGAGGAGGGCCACGAUGGGGGAAUGCCUCAGAAAUUCAAAUUUACCGUGAACUCCUUGGACUCAGAAGAACCUGUGAUGUCGAUAGUGAGCGUGGAAGCCAGAUUCAUGAUCCCCGAACCGAAAUUGGACAAGUACAAGUUUGUGAUCAGCGCCUUCAACGACAAGGGCAGCAGCCCUAGCGUGGAGAUUGAUCUGGACAACAUCGUUGAUGAAGCUCUAGGUCAGCUGGACAGCACGAUCAGCGCGGUAACAAACAUCACGACGCUGGCGCUGGCGCUGUGCGGGGGCGUGGCGUUGCUGGCGCUGGCGGCGUGCGGGCUCGUGUUGUGCGCGCACGACCGAGCGUCCGACGCGCCCCGCCCCGACCCGCCUCUCUGUGCGUACACCACCGACGAGUCCAACUGUGACACGUGCAACGACAGCGACGACGCCAGCGAGUGCAACGUGCGGCGCACCGACUCCUUCCGCCGGGCCAUGGCCAAGUACCCGUCUAGAAACUUCGACGUCCGACGAACCGGGUCGUUCCACUCGACGCGCUACCUGCAUGAGGACGAGCCCAAAUGUCGGGAGAUCCGACACAAUACCGCGUGUAGGGUCCACUCGCUCCAGAACAUUAGCCGGAAGCGCGACAUGGAUACACUGUGCGACCACCUCGUGAUGCAUCUACCCCCUGACACCGGCUACUCUGUGCCGCGACCGAUGAACACGUUCUACACGAUGCCGCGGAAAAUGCGUCACAAGUCGAAGGCCGAAGGAAUAUCCGACGAGGUGUCAGAGAUAACGUCCGACGGGUUCUCCCUGCCGCCGCCGCCCGACGAGUUCAACACCUACAGAGCGGCCUCCAAAAUACGAGACGUGCCCGCCAAGGCCACACCCACCUACACGACCAUCAGAAAAAAUAUAACGCCCAAAGACCCCGCAAAAUAUACCGCCCUGGCCUCCAUGACCACGGUUGGCCUCCCGACGGUCCCGACCAUAAGUGGAGCCCAGAAUAGCCUCUACUCGUACCCCGACGACGACAAGGUAACCACCAACCCUUUCGACGAACACCAGUGACAUUUUGACCCGCAAAUUUUAACCCAUUGUAAACAUGUCAACGAAACUCCGACCUAUGUAAAUCACUCGAAAGCUAAUUAAUUUUCAUAAUGGUUAAUGUAUGCGUAAUUUCGCGGUUUUUUCACAAAUAUUUUUGUCACCUAUUCAUGAGUUUCGAGUAAAGGUCAUACUUUCGAUUUUCGCGACCGCCGCGAGUGUUUAUUUAAAUUCGUAAUUUACUUAAUAAAUUUUCUUUAUUGACUUUCUCUUUAGGUUGAAUUUUUAUGAGUAGCCCGUAGGUCGAAGAAAGUGGCGAUUUUUCAUUAUACGUAAGUUUCUAAGAGUACCAAUAAAUAUAAAUAAAUCGAUCUUUGGACUUACUCGCAAGUUUAUAAUAGGUAAAUUAUACGAGAUUUGAGUCACGUUAAGUAUCUUGAGUUUUUAUCACAGACGUAGAUCA